AUGACCCAUAAAGUAGAACUCUAUGUCUAUGAUCUUUCAAUGGGACUCGCGUCAGCCUUCUCUCAACAAUUCACUGGUAAACACUUUCCUGGCAUUUGGCACACCAGUAUUGUGGUCUAUGGAAAGGAAUACUUCUUUGGUGGAGGUGUUCAAUGCAUGACUCCACUCACCACACCCUAUGGACAACCUGUCCGUGUCAUUCAUUUGGGUGAUACUCAAAUUGAUCAGUCACUCUUUGAAGACUUUGUUCAUACCAUUGGCCAAACUCGAUUCCGAAUGGAUCAAUACAAUCUCUUUGAGAAUAAUUGUAAUAAUUUUACCAAUGAAUGUUCCAAUUUCUUAUUGGGUGUGGGUAUUCCAGAUGAUAUUCUUGGAUUACCACGUGAAUUCUUUCAGACACCAUUGGGACAAAUGGUGAAACCCAUGAUUGAUCAAAUGAUGGGUGGAAGUGCACAUCCAGAACAAUCUCCAAAUUUGGGUGCCUUUGGUGGUGGUGGUAUGGGUAGUGGUAUGGGUGGUAUGAAUAAUUUAGCUCAAAUGAUGAACAAUCCACUCGUUUCACAAAUGAUGAAUCAAAUGAUGAUGAUGAAUAUGGGAGGAGGAGGCUAUGGUAAUACUACUACUACUACUACUACUACUAAUAACUACAGUACCUAUGGCAGCAGCAGCAGCACUACAAGCUCUACCUCAUCAUCAUCUUCUUUUAAAGAUCCACUUGAAAUUUAUCGAUACAACAAAUCCAAUGUUCCACAAGUCAUGACCAAAUUGAAAACAACCAAUGCUCAAUUCAUUGAUGACAUGAAUGGAGAUACAAGAGUGUUAAAUCAAUUAGAACAAUAUUUACAAUUACCUCAUCAAGAACAUGACAAAUCGACUCUCAUUUCAGAUCAAACAUUUAUUGUACUAGAAAAAUUAUUGAAACACACCAAGGAAAGUGAUGCAUUUCCAAUUUUAGAUUUAUUACGAUUACUGGUCUUAACAUCUAAAUAUGCAAGAGAAAUUACAAUUGGAUCACACAAGAAUAUUAUUCAAAUAAUUGAAGAGAGAUUUGUAUCACAAUUUUCAUCUUGUUCAAUGCCCACCCAAUUAAUGGUGAUGCGAUUGUAUUGUAAUUUAUUUGAUCGACACUAUCAACAACAUUCAAAGAAUCUACCAGAAAUGGUACAAUUCAUCAUUGGAGCACAGAAUGGAACAGAGAUGAGAUUGACCAAACUUGUAGACAUGAUCUCCACUUCACUUUCAUCUGAAUUGGAAGGACUUCGUUUAACGGCAACUUCACUCUCAUGUAAUUUAUCCUUGUAUUUACCACAACAGAAUUCAGAUGAAGAGAUUCAAUUGUUGUCUUCCAUGUUGGAAUUUCUUCCUAAUGAGAAGAGUAAGGAUGUGUCCUUUCGAAUGCUGUUGACCAUUUAUAGACUCAUGAAAGAUUCGACUGGCAAUGAUGAUGAAAAGAAAGAAAUUGCUCGUGCCCUCAUGACCGAUCCUUCUGCCGUCUUCUCAACAGCGCCUGGAGUGAAAUUAUUGCAAAGUUCGGACGAGUUGAAAUUAUUGGCCCAAAUCAAGAAGUUACUUUAA